AAAUAUACAUUUAAAAAUGAAAUAUGUAUUUUUAAGUGUACAAUUUGAAAAAUAUUUUCAUUAUUUAUUAUUUAAACUAUUUUAAAUAGGUGAUUUAAAAAGAUUUAUCAUAACAUAACUGUGUUUUGUUGUAAUUCUUGGAUAGAAUACAAAUAUUAAAAAAUUAUUUUGGACUGGCUUUAAAAUAUUUUAGUUACAUUAAAAUAUUUUUAAUUCAACUAAAACCAUCUUAAACUCAUUAAAAACAUAACUUGAAGCAAAAAACUAGAUGAAUACACCUUUCUAGAUGUUUUUUUUUUCAUAUGGAACUUAAAGGAAAAAAACUAUAAACAUUUCGAAAAUAGGGUUCUUGGUAUAGUUAUGUUUUUAUUCAAACUUGUUUUGUUUCUUAGUUCGACUUCGGGCAUAACAGUCUGAACUACUCCUCGGCAAAAUCUACAAAACCAAAUUCUAUAAAUCCGAUCCGGGUCGGGUACGGGUUUGAUUUCCAUCCUCUCUCUCUCCGUCAAUUUGAAUACUCCGGCAAUGUUUUCUCGAUUCCUCCACAGAAUCCGAAGUUCGAAACCCCAAAUCACGUCUCUCAAUUCAACCAAACCUUUCACCUCCCUAAACCCUAAACCCCGAACCCGAGUCGCCGUCUUCUGGGACCUCGACAACAAACCACCCGCCUCCCACCCUCCCCACGACGCCGCCGUAAAGCUCCGAACCGCCGCGUCAUCCUUCGGCUCCGUGAAACUAAUGGUAGCCUACGCGAACCGCCACGCCUUCAGCUACGUCCCGUUACAAGUCCGAGAAGAGAGGAAAUAUCGUAAACUCCUUAACCAACUUGAGAAAACCGGUUUAUCUAAACCGGCCGAGCGGUACUUCUGCGGCGUCUGCGGUAGGAGAUUCUACGCCAACGAGAAGCUCAUCGCUCAUUUCCGCCAGAUCCACGAGACGGAGAAUCAGAAGCGCGUGAGGCAGAUCGAGUCUGCUAAAGGGCAUCAGAGAGUGAGGCUUGUGGCGAAGUACUCGAUGAAGAUGGAGAAGUAUAAAAGAGCUGCGAGGAAUGUUUUGACUCCUAAGGAAGGUUACGGGUUGGCUGAGGAGCUGACGCGUGGCGGGUUUUGGGUUAAGAUGGUGAGUGAUAAACCCGAGGCGGCGGAUAGAGCGUUGAAGGAGCAUAUGGUUGAUGUGAUGGAUAGGAGAGAGGCUGAGUGUUUGGUUCUUGUGUCUGAUGACUCUGGUUUCGCUGAGGUUUUGUGGGAGGCGAAGGAGAGGUGUUUGAGGACGGUGGUGAUUGGGGAUUUGAGUGAAGGGAAGCUGAAGAGGGUGGCUGACGUGGCGUAUUCGUGGAAGGAGGUUGUGAUGGGGAAGGCGAAGAAGGAAGUUGAGAAGGUUGUUGGGAAGUGGAGGGAUAGAGAUGUGUUGAAGACGUUGGAGUGGUGUUAUGAUCCUGUUUUGGAGAAGGAGAGAGGUUAUGCUUGCGGGGAUUGGGAUUAUGGGUUUGAUUCUGAUGAUGAGGUUGAGAGUGGAGCUGAGAUGGGAGAUGGUGGUGAUUGGUGGGAGAUGGAUGAUGAAGAUGGUGCUGGAUCUUCGAGACCCUGUCGAUAAACCUCCAUAGCAUUGGUUGUACAGAGGAGGAUAAAUCAGUACAAUCUUGUGAAGCUAUUGGCGUAUUACAUGGUUGGCAAUGGCAAAAGAGAAGAAAGAAGAAAACUAAGUGGGAGAGAUUGAAACAUUCUUCACUCUAGUAAGCUCUCUUUGAAAGUUUGUGUUCUUCAUUCAUUGUCUCUAGUUCUCUGAGAUUCUAUAGGCAGUGAUUCAAUUUGUUUUUCCAAACCAUCAUAUGGUUACUCAGGAUAGAGAACAAGAUACGGUGCAUAGAAAGUUUUGGAUUCACAGAAUAUAUUGAAUUACUACAGAGUGUAUAUGCAUCAAAGUCCCAAGCUAGUUUAUUUUAAUUUUUUU